AUGGAUAUCAACACGCUACGUCCACGCAUUAUCGAGAUCUUGAAGGCCUCUGAUCUUGGUAGUGUCAGCGCCAAGGCUGUCAGAAAGCAACUACAACAGGAAACAACUAUUAACCUCGAUGAACACAAGAAGCCCCUCAAUGCGUUGAUUGGCGAAUGCUACGAUAAGGUCAAUGCGGAAAUGCAAUCCAAGGAUACCAGUAGUAGCAGCAGCGACAGCAGCAGCAGCGACGACGACGAUGACACGUCUCUUGCAACAAAGGCUCAAACGACCACCACCACAACAACAACAAAGAGCAGUAGCCAGGGUACUGUGAAGAAGACGGCACCUAAACGAAAAGCUGAAGCUCAGAGCACAAAAAAGGUCACCAAGAAGCCAAGGAAACCUCGGCAGCAGGAUCCAGAGAAGCGAGAGCAGAACAACUUUUCUAGGACGUGGAUAUUAAGCGAUGAUAUGGCAGAGGUCACUGGAGAGAAAACGCUGUCUCGUCCUCAAGUGGUGAAACAUCUCUGGAAAUACAUCAAAGAGAAGAACCUGCAGGAUCCUGAAAAGAAGACUCAUAUUCGAUGCGAUGACAAGCUUACACGGCUCUUUGAAGGGGAGACUUACAUCAGCGGCUUCACCAUGAACAAGUAUGUUGGCAAGCAUCUUUUAGGACCAGCCGUUGUCAAUACCCCACCAUCAACUGCAUCCGAUCCUGUCAACACCACCACCACCGAUACCAAUGGUAGCAAUACGAUCCCACCAGCUUGA